AUGGCCCCCCUCUACGACUAUGAGGACUUUUUGAAAUUGGAAGAACCGUACCCGUUGUGGUGCGGCCAGUAUACGCCUGGCAGUGGCUACAUGCUGCACGUCCAGAACCCCGCCAAUGGAGAGACAAUCGCUAGCGCACACACGCCGUCAGAGGAAGAUGUAGCCUCGGUGGUGGAAGUAGCUCAUAAAAUGUACGCCGAUGGCGUCUGGGCAUUGGCCUCUCGCCAACACCGCGCCGACGUCCUGGAUAAGGCCGCUGAGCUUCUCGCUGCCAGCCUCGACAAACUCAUCGCGUGGGAAGUCAUGCAAACAGGUCGCCCCAUACGCGAAAUGAAGGCGCAAGUGCCUUCGCUAGUGCGUUGGUUCCGCUACUAUGCCGCGCUGCUGCGUACCGAGGAGCGCGCCGUCCUGCCUACGAUGGGGUCGCUGCACAACUGGGUCGACCGUGUGGCUCUGGGUGUCGUCGUGCAGAUAACACCCUUCAACCAUCCGCUACUCAUUGCCGUCAAGAAAUUGGUGCCGGCGCUGGCAGCAGGAAACUCAGUCAUCCUCAAGCCCAGCGAGCUGACGCCCGUGACGAGCCUGCUUCUGGGCCCAAUUUUGACUGAGGCGGGCCUUCCAGAGGGUGUCUUUUCCGUACUGCCAGGGUUAGGGAGCACGGUGGGAAACUGGUUGGUGAGCCACAAGUUAGUGCGCAAAGUUGACAUUACAGGCGGAACGAACGCAGGGCGAGCGAUUGGGUCGAUCGUCGGCGGCAACUUGGCCAGAUACACGGCAGAGCUUGGCGGCAAGGCACCGCUUAUUGUUUUUCAGAGUGCGUCCGUCGACGCGGCUGUCAAUGGUAUUGCGUUUGGAUCAUUUAUUGCCAGCGGUCAGACAUGCGUCGCCUCGACAAGAAUCCUGGUACACAACAGUAUCAUCGACGAGGUACGACAGAAGCUCAUACUCAAAGCGCAGUCUAUCGUGGAGCGUAUGGGCUCGCCCUUUCACCCAGCCUCAACCAUGGGUCCUGUCAUCUCUGACAAGCAACUCCGCCACAUUGAAGCGUUGGUAAAGUCGGCCCUGGAUGACGGCGCGAAGCUUCUCCAUGGCGGCAGCCGCAUGAGAGGCACCUCGUCCAUCGACGACACCGAUUUUGGCAAGGGCUACUUCUACCCACCCACUAUACUCGAUCUCGGCUCUGCAGCAGAACCAAAGGCCCCCAUAUGGAAAACAUCGGACUCUGACCUCAGUAUUGAAACGCGUCUUUGGAACGAAGAAGCAUUCGGCCCGGUUGUUGUGCUGGUGGGCUUCGAUAACGAGCCACAAGCGGUUGGACUUGCCAAUGAUACCAUAUAUGGCCUUGGGGCGGCGCUCUGGACUACGGAUCUCAGCCAAUCGUUCCGGAUAUCGGAGCAUAUUCGGGCAGGCAUCGUCUGGGUCAAUACACACCAUCGCAACGACCCAAGCAGUCCAUGGGGAGGCCUGACAGCUUCCAGCGGUGUUGGCAGUGAAAAUGGUGUAGAGGCAUACCGAGCGUACACCAUGACGAAAAGUACGAUUAUCAACUACGCGACGACGAAGGAGUGUCUUGACGACGACUGGUUUGCAGACGACGCCAAGGACGUUCGGUACGGAUAA